AUGUCAACCCGAACAAAACGGCGGCUUGACGACUUUGACCCUAACAAGUCAGACUCCGACGACCUUGACUACGGAGCAUCCUCGCCAGGACCUCCGAAACGAUCAAAACACAUCAAGCCUCAGGGACGGAAGCCAAAAAAGCGACAGCGCCGCGUCUACGGUGACACCGAUGAGGAGGUAGAGGACGAUGAUGAUGAAAUAAGCGCAGAAUCAUUCGCGUCAGGUAGUGAAAAGUCCGAAGAACCUCUCGAAGUCAAUCCACGCACAGGCAGGAGCGUGCGAAGUGCAACCAAGAAGCAGAUAAAGUACGAGGAAAAAAGCGAGGACGACAUCGAGGAUACUGGAGACGACCGGGCCACAGUUUCAAGAACACCGAAGCGCAAACCGCAACGGAAGUCAUUGAUCGUCAAACUGAGGAUCCCCCCGAGCCCAGCACGCAAUAUGCGGCCGCGCCGUGGCAGCAGAAGUACACGACAGGGGUUUACCCCGGACCUCAUGGCAACAAGGCGGAGCAGUCGGAUAUCGCACGACGAGACUGAGCCCAUGCUGGCUCUGACGGAGUCUGGCAAGCAUGCCAAUAUUGUUCGGCCUGGUACGCGCAGUCCGGAACCUCAGCCACCACCGAGACGGCCGACGCGAGGCAGCAAGGGAUUGAAGAAGCCUCCAAGCGCAAUCAUGGAGGCGUCACAGGAGGCAUCAUUCCCAGCUGGAGAGAUCGUCAUGGAGCAGCCGGAAAGCCCUGAAGCUGCACACAGUCCCAUUGCCGAACCGCAAGUGGAGGGCAGUGAUGAUGAAGCAGCCGCGGGCUCAGAUACUCAAAUUGACGCACCUGGCGAAGUAGAAGAGGAAGAUGACAUCAAGAUGAGCGAAGCUGUAGUGCAAGAGUCGGUGCACGAAGAAGACUCUGACGAAGGCCCGAUUGGAAGAACUACAAGGGUACCUACAUACCCUCCGCCGAUAACUCGGUCAUCUCGGCUGAAACUUCAACAACCGCUAACAAUACUGCAGUCUCGUGCUCAACGGAGCCAGAAUCAAGCAGUACAAACCUCUCAGAAACGUAAAGGUAGUGGCGAAGACCAUAGCGACUUCGAGCCGCCUAAUGACGAAGAAGAGAAGGAAGAUGAGAACAUGUCAGGUUCAGAUGGUUCCAACGGGUCACCACAGAAGAAAGGCAACAAAACUGACACGAGUGAAAGCAUAGGUGGUAGAAGGCUUCGUCGUGCCGCAGGCCGGACCCGAGGUUCCCAACGAAGUCGACAAAGUCCGGCUUCGGACGACCUUGACAGCGAGAUUGACCGUGACGAGUUAGCUGAAGAGGCCGAGGAGCUGGCGGAUGACCGCGCAAAGCGAAGACGGACACGACGCUCCAACCAUAGAGAAACCGGAAUCAAGUACGACGACAAGCCAACCCUCCGCAGCCGCAGCAACAAGCCGGAUUACCGAGUCUACCGUCCUGAACUGGUGCAAACUCUCGAUGAGGACGAAGCCGGUCCAGUGGAACCCUCGCAACGUAAGAGAGGUGGUGGCGGCGGUUACCGAAGCCUCUUUUCGAUUCAAGGACCUUUUGGGGGAGCAGGCGGGCCUCCGCCUCUCUUUGGUGGCCCAGGGGGUGUGGCUGCCGCCGGGGGAGCCGACUCAGACAGCAGCGACGAUGACAUGCAACAGCGGAUGCCUCAGGGAUACGGCGGCACCGUGGGCAUGACACCGACAUCCGCUGUGAGGCCACUACUACCCCAAACACACAAUGCAGACCCACUGCAAGCAGGCGGCACGACUUCCGGCGUACUAGGCAAAGUCAAGGAUAAGAAGGCACUUGCGGACGCUGACCCACUUGGGGUCGAUCAGAAUGUGGACUUUGAAGGGGUUGGUGGACUAGAGGACCACAUCAACCAGCUGAAGGAAAUGGUGCUGUUGCCGCUUCUCUAUCCAGAGGUUUUCCACCGCUUCCACGUUACCCCACCUCGAGGUGUUCUGUUUCAUGGUCCGCCUGGUACUGGUAAGACGUUGCUUGCUCGUGCUUUGGCAUCCAGCGUGAGCUCCGGAGGCAAAAAAGUCACAUUUUACAUGCGGAAGGGUGCAGAUGCACUGAGCAAGUGGGUUGGUGAGGCCGAGCGGCAGCUCAGACUGUUGUUCGAAGAGGCGCGGAAGAACCAGCCCAGCAUCAUAUUCUUCGAUGAGAUCGACGGACUUGCACCCGUACGUUCGAGCAAGCAAGAACAGAUCCAUGCAUCCAUAGUCGCUACUUUGUUGGCACUGAUGGAUGGCAUGGAUGGUCGAGGUCAAGUCAUUGUGAUAGGUGCAACCAAUCGGCCUGACUCUGUCGACCCUGCGUUACGACGACCUGGCCGAUUCGAUCGCGAGUUCUACUUUCCUCUUCCCAGUGAAAAGGCACGGCGCGCUAUCAUCGACAUCCAUACGAAGGGCUGGGAACCUCCUUUGAAGCCUGAGUUUAAAGACCAACUGGCGGCAUUGACCAAGGGCUACGGUGGUGCAGAUCUACGUGCUCUCUGCACAGAGGCGGCUCUCAAUGCUGUCCAAGGCACCUACCCACAGAUCUACACUUCGGAGAAGAAGCUUGUUAUAGAUCCUAGCAAGAUUACGGUACUGGCCAAGGACUUCAUGAUAUCUGUCAAUAAGAUGAUUCCGUCGUCCGAACGAUCGGGCUCGUCAACAUCGGCACCUUUGACGAAGAGCAUCGAGCCACUGUUACGCACGUCCCUACAAAAGCUCGCAGCGAUACUCGACGAAGUCAUUCCGCAGAAGAAAAAGCUUACCGCAUUGGAGGAAGCUCAGUAUGACGACCGGGACGAUGACAGAGGUUUCGAACGCGAGACUAUGCAACGUGACUUCGAAACCGCCCGAAUCUUUCGACCUCGGCUCCUCAUCCGCGGCUUGCAAGGCAUGGGCCAGCAGUAUAUCGGUGCAGCUUUGCUGAACAGGUUCGAAGGACUCCAUGUUCAGUCGUUCGACUUGCCUACCUUACUCGAGGACUCUGCCCGAUCGGCAGAGGCAGCCGUCGUUCAGCUCUUCAAAGAAGUUCGUCGUCACAAGCCUAGUGUUGUCUACAUCCCGAACGUCGACGUUUGGUACCAGACGGUCGCGCCAUCUGUCAUCAAGACCUUCACAUCCAUGCUGCGCGCGCUGCCUCCCAAUGAUCCCGUGUUGGUUCUUGGCAUCUUGGAUACUGCAAAAGAAGACGAGAAGCUAGACCCGGACAUGCUUCGAGACCUUUUUGGUUUCUCAGUCAAAAAUGUGUUCGCUCUGAAGCGGCCUACAGAGCCUGCUCGCAGGGAAUAUUUUGAAAGCUUGAUCAAGUACAUCCGCGCAGCGCCCACUGCAUUUCCAGACCUCGAUAACCGCAAGAAGCGCAAACUGCCUGAACUGGAGCAGGCGCCGGAGCCAGAGCCGGUGCCGCCUUCCAAAGAAGACAUCAAAGCUCAGAAGCAGCGUGAUAGAUACACGCUCAAUCUGUUGAAGAUUAACCUUGCACCCGUCAUGGAGCAGCUCAAGAAGUACAAACGCUUCCGACAUCCAAUCAUCGAUGAAAGCCGUAUUCGAUAUCUCUUCGACGAGCAAGACCCACAAAAGCUCACCACGGAUCUUGAUGAGGAACAACGCCAGGAGCAGCAGUUGCAUCGUCCGUUCGAGAUGGCAACAGAUCCAAAAGGCGUACCUGGAUUGCUUGAGACAGCGACGGGCAAGUUCUACUAUAACCUUGACAUCAACACUAUAGAGAAGCGGCUAUCCAACGGGUACUACAAGCGACACGCAGACUUUCUCUUCGACGUUAGACGCCUAGCAAAAGAUGCUGCCACAAGCGGCGAUGAAGCUCGGACGCUCAACGCAAACGAGUUGGUCAACAACGUUGAGGUCGACAUGGUGCACCUAAAGGAGGGCAAUCCUCAGCUCGCUGCAGACUGUGAAGCUGUUUACCUCCGAGAGAAGGAACGUGAAAGGCAAGCUGUUGAAAAGGCAGCUAAACAGGCAGCAGAAGGGCAUGAUGUUCCUUUGAUAGCCACAAACGUCCCGCCUCAAGUAUCUGGCACGACUACAGAGACCUCAGGACCAAUUGUGCUCGGUGUACCCGUACCUGGACACCAGACUUUGCCGCCGGUAACGCCUCGUCGGCUUAUCGGACCCAGUCCACUGUCCAACGGAUACUCGAAUAGUGUUGGGGGUGGCCACCACACGCACCAGAGCAACGGCUCCACAGUCCCCUCGCGUAUAUACGAAGAUGUACACAUGACCGAUAGUCAAGAAGUGGGAUCGGUCCCACACGUUCGAGUCCCAGUCCAAAUCAUGGCUACUCCCAGUGCGCCCAACACGCAGGCUACGCAGCGAUCACAGCAAUACUUCCACACCCAGCUCGCACCCGGCUCACACCCAGGCGACUACCGGAACAGUGCAUCCACAACCACAUCCGGCCAGAAGACCUCGGACAAAUCGAACCGUUCCUCAGGACCGUACAACUACAACACCCAGAGCACCAACGGUGCCGGCACCGGCCACCAUCCCGACUUUACAGCCAUGCAGCAGGUGUCUGGCGGGGCUUCAGAGCUGCCGGACACGCAGGGUACGUCGUCAUCCAAGGGUACCUCCGCACAUGGUAUCGCGUCCUCGUUUGGCUCAACCAUAUCUGACUCAGUUGUAGAAAUGGUGUACCAAUCCUCGCAGUCGAACUCGCAGCCCUCCCAAUCCUCGCAGCCGUUCCCUGUUCCGGCCCCGCCGCAUCCGGCUAAGCACCAGGCGUCGUCAGGCCCGUCGGCAAUACAGAGCAUCUUGAACCCGGAGCGGCCACCACUUUUGGUCGACGAGACGACGAUGACGAUACUGCAUAAACAGCUGGUGCAGCGUAGCUCGGGACUGAGCGUCGAGCAGCUAGAGCAGGUCAACGCGGCGCUAAUGGAUGCGGUGUGGAAGAUGAAGGGGGAGUGGAACAGGAACCUGGUGGCGGGCGCGGUGAGGAAUGCGUUUAACGAGACGAUGGAGGACAUUGAGCAGAUGCAGAAGAUACAGGCUCCAAGUCAGGAGAAGGACGAGCAAUAA